CCCAAGCCCACAUCAGCCCAAGACUUGCACUCUCACUAGACACGAGCCCAGAUUAGGGCCAUUCAAGAUAUUAAAACCGCAGCCGAGGGUUAGGGUUCACUCUCUCCUUCAUCGCCCUUCUUCUUUCAAAGAGAAACAGACACCACCACAGCCAUGGCGAGGAUCAAGGUCCACGAGCUCAGGAACAAGUCCAAGCCAGAUCUUUUGGGUCAGCUCAAGGAUCUGAAGGCGGAGCUCGCUCUUCUCCGAGUCGCCAAGGUCACUGGUGGAGCCCCCAACAAGCUCUCCAAAAUCAAGGUGGUGAGGCUUUCUAUAGCUCAGGUGCUGACAGUGAUUUCCCAGAAGCAAAAGGCGGCUCUUAGGGAAGUUUACAAGAACAAGAAGCUUCUUCCUCUUGAUUUGCGUCCAAAGAAGACCAGGGCUAUCAGGAGACGUCUGACUAAGCACCAGGCAUCUUUAAAGACAGAGAGGGAGAAGAUGAGAGAGAUGUACUUCCCACUAAGGAAGUACGCAAUCAAGGCAUAAUGUUGGAUCCACUUAUGAAGGACAUCAGGACUUUUACCUACUAUAUGAUAUUCCCAGGACAUGAGUUUAAAGUAUUUAGCCAUUUUCGUAAUUGUAUCGGCAUAGACAGUACCCCCAAUAUGACUUCACUGGUCCAGAAUUGUAAUGCUGAUUGUGUUUCCAUUUUGUGCUUAAUGAUUUGCAAUCGGAUUUUUUUUA